AUGUGGACGGGGGCGCUUAAGGCACAUCAACACCUGCGUACCAUGCGGCGUUGGAAUGAAGCGCGUGUUGGGGUUGGUCAGGACGGCAUGGUGUGCAAUGAGCGGCGUUGUGAGGGGGGCGAGGAUAGUGAUAGAACGACGCAUGCCACAUCUCAUGCACACAUCAGCAUUGAGUGUGACAGGGGGGUAAUGAAACGCUCACGGGAUGUGGCGACAGAAAGUGAUGGUAAUGAUUCGGGCAGUCAAUUGACUCCGCUUCUCGUGGGAUUUACGGGUAGCGCAUCCGUGACGGAAGAGAGAGGCAUGAUGGAAGAAGGCGGUGAUGAUGGUGCGGCCCACAAUGCAGUGGAAAUGGUGUCGCAUUCUACCGAGGUUGCAGUGUGUGAGGUGAUUGUCUUGGAUGAUGACAGUCAAGGCGCUGAGAAAAGCAAUGUACUGUCGUCGAAGAACUCCACUCCAGCGUCUUAUUCGGGGAAACUAGAGCAACUACUCAACUCGGAGAAAUCUGCACUGGUUUCCUCAACACCUAGUGGAGAAUCACCACCGUCUAUGAAAUUAUCCGCGGAGCAGCAUCAUGUCUUUGAUCUUGUUGUAAAGUAUGGCCGAUCUGUUUUUCUUACUGGAGGUGCUGGCACGGGUAAGUCCCACCUUCUUCGAGCCAUUAUUGAAGCAUUGCCGCGGUCUUCUACCUUUGUUACCGCCACCACUGGAAUUGCAGCACUUAACCUUGGAGGAUCCACACUUCAUAGUUUUGCUGGUUGCGGCAUUGUGGACUUUCAGACGCAUAGUGCCGAAGAUGUGUGUGACACGGUGCGUGGCAAGUCAAGGGCAAAGCGAAAUUGGCGAUUCUGCAAGGUGCUGGU